AGAGAGAGCAAUGUCUGACAUCUCUGCUCUCUGAAUGAAGGAAGAACCGAGUACAAAGCCAGUGCGACGAAGCAGAAAAGAAACGGAAGGGGGGGGGAAGGACGAGGGGGAGAAAUGCAAAAAAAAAAAAGGGCCGGCAGAAAAAGAAAACACAGGAGUCAAAGAGAUGCACAGGGAACACAAAGACGCUGUGUUCGUGUUAGGGAGCUGGUGAGAGCGAUGAGAAAACCGGCAGACUUCAUUCGCUGGUGUUGCUGAGCUGCAGCGCAUGCUCUCUCUCUCUCUCUUUCUCUCUCUCUCUCUUUCUCUCUCUCUCUCUUUCUCUCUCUCUCUCUCUCCCUGUGCCAACUUGGACCGAGCUUUGUGUGCGACGUGGAGACUCCUGCGGCGGCUGCUCCCCUUCUCCAUUCCCCGCAGCCUCCGGCUCCGUUUGGGCUAUGGUCCUGACUGAGAACCGGGGCAUCACCCAGAUGCACAACUCCGACUGUGCGGGAGGGUGAAAGGCAACAAACAGCAGCAUGGGAGCGAAGCAGAUGAAAUGCCUGAGCUCCGCCAGCCCUGCCCACUCCCCCAAAGAGGAAUACGUUAUCGCCCAGUCCGCUGAGGCCCCCGCAGGAGAAGCGGACCCUCAUCGGCCUGAUAACCAGGGGGGAACUCGGGAAGACAAAUCCGAGCCGACAGAGAGGAAAACUGUCCAGGAGGAUGUGCCGCUCUGUGGGUUGUGUCCCACGCUCGGCCGUGACGGGCAGGAGGAGGAGGAGAAGUCCUGGGAGGAGCAGCUGGACGUCCACCAGGAGCAGCUGGAGAAGGAGAUGCAGGAGGCCAGGAGGAUGGUGUUCCGGCUGCAGGGUCUGCUGCUGCACGGCUCCCUCCCUGAAGAGGACCAGGACGGAUCCGGGAGCUUCGGAGACGGCCGGGCGACCACGGAGCAGCAGCUGGUUCUAAUCCGCAGUCGUCUGGACCAAAGCAUGGAAGAAGGCCUUGAUCUGAAGAGGGAGCUCCUGAGGCACAAACAGGAGACGCGACACAUUCAGGCCAUCAAGGAUGCGCUGCAGCAGCGCCUGUCAGUGCAGGAGGACGCCGUGCUGCAGCUAAAGCAGGAGCUACUGAGGUGCAACAUGGCCAAAGAUCAGUUGGAAGGAGAAAAUGAGGAGCUCAAACGCAAGCUGAGUGAAAGGAACAAAUUACUCACUGAAUAUGAGCAGCAGCAGCAGCAGCUGGGGAAGAAGGACAGGUUGCUGCAGCAUCAGAAGCCCGAUGAAAGUCAGCACAAAGCACACGAAGUCGGCCACGGACGGACAUUUAGAGGUGAGAAUGGUGGCUGUAACAACUUAGUGGCGUCGACUUCUCCUUCAACAUUUCAGCACAAUGCACAAGGUGAGGAGCUGCAGCUCGUCAGGGAAGCGCUGCGCAGUCUGAGGGACAGUUUCUCGGGUCAUGACCCCCAGCAUCACACCCUGGACACUUUGGAGCAGGGCGUGGCCAGCCUCAUGGACCGACUCCACUCUUUGGACAACCAGCGGAGACAGGAGAAAGGAGAGGAAUUUAAAUCACCAGGACGCAGAGCCAACUCGACAGACCGUGACUCCUGGCCGCCAAGCUCCAAAGUGGCGCACUCGCACAGCAGCCCGGGACUAGACGCCGUCGUCUCUACUAAAGUGCUCUACUUCACAGAUCGCUCGCUCACUCCGUUUUUGAUCAACAUCCCGAAAAGGCUGGGUGAAGUGACACUGCGAGACUUUAAGGCUGCUGUAGACAGACAGGGCAGUUUCAGAUACCACUUCAAGGCUCUUGACCCAGAGUUUGGCACAGUGAAAGAAGAGGUGUUUCAGGAUGGAGCAGUGGUCCCCGGCUGGGAGGGGAAGAUUGUGGCGUGGGUGGAGGAGGACCACGGCGAGCGGAGGUAGAGCCAGAGAUCACCACUACAAACCUCAGCCUAUAGCAUCAAGAAUUUAACCGGAAACAUUUGUUGUGCCAUUAAAGGGGGGAAAAAAAGCUGUUAAACAAUAACUGGGACCAAGGGAGAUAACGCCUUUCACCCGCAGCAACGUUGGAAAUGUUUCACACCAAGAAAAUGACUCGACAUUUGGGUACCGCUUUAUUUAAUAGAAUUGCAUUUUACACAUUGAUACCGGCUUGAAGACGAACAUGUCCAACUGCAAUGUUAACGGCCAGUAAUGUGAUACUUGAAGCUUUGAAUGUUUAGGGGAAAAAAAUGUUGGAUGAGUUUGUGUUCAUAACGGUUGUAAUCGGCUCAUCGAGUGCAGACUUCAAAAAUACAGUGUUGACAUAUUACACAAA